GGUGGCUUUCCCUGACACAAAGAUAGCUUUUUUCCUUCUUUUCACCAAGUGAGGAAAAAAUUCAAUUAAAGUUAAAUUUUAUCUGAGUUUAAUCAUCCUACUGGUUCCAUAAACAUUUCUGUCAGCUAUUUUGCAAUACGCAUAAACAAACUUCAAACUAGUUGGGGAAACAAAACGUGGGAUAGCAGCGAGCAGCAAGAUCAACAUCAGAAUCACCGUUAAAUUAGGAACAUAAGAACGAUGGCAGCCCCAGCUCCGGUGAAGAAAGUGCCAAUUCAUUUGCAGAGUGCACAAAACCGUCUGUACAUAAAACGGGGUCACGUGGUGAACCACGAUGGCAUGCAGCAGGCAGAUGUCUACAUCGAGGACGGAACAAUCAGAUAUGUCGGCUCGGGUGCAGACUUUGUCGUCCCCGGAGGCUGCCGCACGAUAGAUGCAACUGGAAAAAUGCUCCUCCCGGGUGGUAUCGAUCCACAUACACACUUUCAGCUAGAGUUUGGCGGUACCGUCUCGGUCGAUGACUUCUAUCAGGGCACCAAGGCGGCCGUCGCCGGCGGAACCACCACAGUCAUUGAUUUUGUCAUUCCGCAAAAGGGAGAAUCGCUACUGGAGGCCUAUGACACGUGGCGGGUCCGAGCCGACUCGAAGGUGGUCUGUGAUUACGGUUUACACGUCGCUAUCACCUGGUGGUCCAAAUCGGUUCGAGACGAGAUGAAGAUUCUGUGCCAAGAACGCGGCGUGAACUCGUUCAAAUGUUUCAUGGCGUACAAGGGACUGUUCCAGGUGACCGACAGUGAGCUGUAUGAAAUUUUCGAGACGUGCAAGGAGUUGGGUGCCGUUGCACAGGUUCACGCCGAGAAUGGAGACGUCAUUGCCAAGAACGUACAAAAACUGCUAGAGGCUGGCGUCACCGGGCCCGAGGGGCACGAGCUAUCCCGCACGGAAGAAGUGGAAGCCGAGGCGGUGAAUAGAGCUUGCGUGAUUGCGCAUCAGGCUAAAUGUCCAUUGUACGUAGUGCAUGUGAUGAGCAAAUCGGCCGGAAUCGAGGUAGCACGUGCUCGCCGCCGUUACAAUGGCGUAGGUAUUUUCGGCGAAACACUAGCAGCCGCGUUGGGCACCGAUGGCACGCAUUAUACAGACAAGUGCUGGCACCAUGCCGCCGGUCAUGUUCUAAGCCCUCCGCUUAGACCGGAUCCCACGACACCAGAGUUUAUGAUGAAACUACUCGCUCAGGAUGAUCUGCAAACCACUGGCAGUGACAAUUGCACCUUUAACAAGAGCCAGAAAGAACUCGGUCGCAACGACUUUUCCAAGAUUCCCAACGGCGUCAAUGGAGUCGAGGAUCGCAUGUCAGUAGUCUGGGAGAAGGGCGUUCAAACAGGAUUAAUUGAUCCGCAACGUUUCGUGGCCAUCACCAGUACAAACGCGGCCAAGAUCUUCAAUCUGUAUCCUCGCAAGGGUCGCAUCGCAGUCGGCUCGGAUGCGGAUAUACUUGUUUGGGACCCGAAGGAAGUGCGUACAAUCUCCGCUUCGACGCAUCACCAGGCGUGUGAUUUCAACAUUUUCGAGGGAAUGAAGUGCCAUGGAGUGCCAGAGUACGUGAUUGUUCACGGUCGGGUCUGUUUGGAAAAUGGAGUGUUUAGAGUAGCGGAAGGCCAGGGGUCAUUUCUGGAAACUCCUGUCUAUCCUCCGUUUGUGUAUGAUGCUCUGAACGGAAUCACCGAUCGAAACGGUGAUGACAAGAGCGCACGGAAUGGUUUGCAAGCUUUGGAUUUGAACCAGAAACACGAUGUUGACAUUCCGGAACCGUACGCUCUACCGGAAAAGUACGUGCCAGGCCCAGCGCUUAGCAUCGUUUCGGGAGAUUCACAGCUUAGCACGCCACAUAGCGCGAGGGGUCAUCGACCGGAUGGAAGUAAGAAUAUGCAGCAGUCAACCUUCUCUAUCAGUGAGGAACUCGACGGAGGAGAUAAGCGUUCGUGCAUCCGCGUGAAGAAUCCACCAGGUGGAAAAUCUUCCGGAUUUUGGUAAACUCAACCAGCUUAAACAAUCGCGCUUGUUUGUACUCUGCUUCCAAAAAGUAACUUACUUAUUAUCGAGCAAAUGAAGGGUAAUAAAAACCAACAAACAUCACGGAUCCGAGUGCGACGAGUAAGCAAGUAUCGAAGUAAAUUCAGAUGUCGAUAACAUCUCCACAAACUAACACACGUUUGGAAGCGUGUUUCAACUAUACCAAAUCAGAUCGCUACCGUUUAGAACAGUAGUAGUUAAACAACCAAUUCAAUGUAAUGCGUACCAAGUUAUAGAAUCACAAACCGAAUAGACAUUGCAUUCUGAAAUUCAUCUUUAAAGCGAAGUUCACAAUAUAAUUCACCCCUCCCAACUAAAUCGAUAGAAGCAUUAAAAUGCGGAAGCGAACCGAACAAUUGUAAUGUCUCUAAGCGCUAGUGAAAGACUUAGCAAACUGAAACCAAACUGAUAAUCGUACUAACUACUUGCAUGUCUCUCAUUGUGCACCGGUUGAUGAUUUAGUUAUAGAUGAGCUUUAAAUAUGUAACUUAACUUUAUUUAUAGCAUCUUAUUCGCAAAGGUGACACAUAUUACAACAACAGUAAUAUGCAACUUUCGAGCAGGCUGAAAUGUGCAAUGAACUUUCGUAGUAAAAUAUAAGAACACCGUCAAAAUUUAAACCAUUCAUUCAAACGCACAAUUCGUUCAUCCCGCAUAACAAAUUCGACCAAAUCCCUCACAAAUUGUAACUAAAUAUUCUAUCUAUUCAUAUAACAAUAAAGAAAAGUGUACCUUUCGUAAGUAAAAUCCGUUGCGAUUAAGUUUUUAAUUGUAGACAACAACAAAACUUGUUGAAUGUUUUUUUUGUAAGCUUAGCAAAAUGUUCAAAACCCGCGUAACUGCAAAUUGUCUAUUUACGUACGUCUGCUUAUAUGAUGAGAAAUUUAUUAGUAUCGUGAAUGCGUUUUUGUUUUCCAUUUGUACUAAGCGAAAUGCAAACUAAAUAAUAAAUUAAUAAAAGUGUAAUUUAAGUUGACUGCAGCGUGACUCUUGUAUCCGUGAGAACAGAAAUAAACUUAAAAUUAUACAGA